AUGAGAAUCUAUAGCUGCCACUUUUGCUCUUCGCCCGUUUAUCCGGGCCACGGAAUCAUGUUUGUGCGUAAUGACGCCAAGGAGUUUCGGUUCUGCCGGUCCAAGUGCCACAAGGCGUUCAAGCAGCGCAGAAACCCACGUAAGUUGAAGUGGACCAAGGCCUUCCGGAAGGCAGCUGGCAAAGAGCUGGCAGUGGACUCCACUUUGACAUUUGCUCAGCGGAGAAAUGUGCCAGUGAGGUACAACAGAGAGCUCGUGGAGACCACACUCAAGGCGAUGACGCGGAUUGAGGAGAUCAGACAGAAGCGCGAGCGUGCAUUCUACAAGAACCGUAUGAAGGGCAACACCGAGAAGGACUUCCUCAGAGACAAGAAGCUGGUGGAGUCCAACCCCGAGCUACUCAAGAUGCGGGAGGUGGAGCUGCAGCGGCAGGCCGAGCGCGCUGCUGCCGGCGUCGACGAGGACGCGGAGAUGGGCGACAGCGACGAGGAGAUGGAGGACGCAUCCGAGGAGGAAUCCGAGGAGGAGGAGCAGCAGCAACAGAAGAUCGUGUUGAAGAACAAGAAGAGGAGUGCCAAGAAAAUUGCGUUCUGA